CAAAAAGUCUCCUUAAGCCCGACCUGCCUUAAUCUUCCCAGCCACUGCUCAGAACUUUCUUCUUAAAAAUGGAAUGACAUUUGUCUCAAAAGUCAGAGGUCAUCCCGGCCGGUUGAAUAUGUCGGAACCACACGUUGUUCCUCUUCCUAAUAAAAUUUGAAGAUAUAUGCUAAGAUGUCAUCCUCUGUAUGUGGUUCAUCAAGCAGAGAAGACGCUGUAUUAAUGGGAGAAAGGCCUGAUUUGAUCAGCAGCUUGCCAGACGACAUUCUGAAGAACAUCAUGUCCAUGAUUUCUUUCAAAGAGGCAAUUCAGAUCACUACACUGUCAACUUCUUGGAGAGGCCUAGUGAGCCCGCAUCGUGUAACCGUAGAGUGUAAUAUAGUUCGAUCGGAUGCUCUCGAAUCCAAACGAAAGCUAAAGCCGAUCAUCGAGUCUUUCUUGGGAUCCAGGGAAAGUUUCCGGUCGUUGAAACUCUAUCCCGAUUUAUGUGAUCGGGAUUUUGCGGUUUGUACUAGAGGAGCUCAUGGGGAGCUUCAUCUCGACUUCUCAGGACAUAAGGAGUUAGUCCCGUGUACAUUCGGUAUGGUUCUUGAUCAUAGUAGCUGUGCAGGUCCCAGGUUUUCGUCUGUCAGGAAUCUGCAUCUUAGAUCAGUCUCCCAUCUUGUGGGAAACCUGGUCGGUGAUCUCUUCUCCAGUUGCAGGAUUCUUGAAACCUUGAAGCUCGAGAAAUGUCGAGGAUUGGAGAACCUCGACAUCAAAUCGAAUUCAUUUCUGAAGAAUCUUGAGAUAGCUGAUUGCCCCAACAUUGCUACAAUUACGAUAUCUGCAGAAAACCUCAAGUCCUUCUCGUAUAAGGGAGCUCUCCCCAUUAUUCAGCUUAUCAACAUUCCACAUCUCGUCGAUGUUGCACUAAAUCUGGGAGAUGGUUUAGGGAAUAAAAGCUUUGAUUGUGAAGAGGUUUUAUCUCUUCUGUCCUCUGUUAAAGAUGUCGAGAUUCUUACAGUAAGCGGUUGGCUCAUUGAGGUGUUAUGUUCUGCAGGAGUGAUUUUCAGCGCGCUGGACUUCAAGUUCAGCAAAUUGAAGGAAUUCCGAUGCGUCUGCUCCAAAAUAAGCAGCAAAACUCGCGAUUCACUGGCGUGCUUCUUGAACACAACAACUUCCUUGGAGGAAUUAUUUGUCAAGAUUGAUCCGAAAUCCAGGACGGUGGAGUGUCCAUUGAGCAACCAGUAUUGGCACGAGCCUCAUUUGUGGAAGGAUUAUGCUACUGUGAAGAGCAAUGCUCGGUGGCUGAAAGACUUGAAAACGGCCAAGAUUGUCGGUUUCACAGGGGAAAGUGAUGAGUUGUUGCUGGUGGAUCUGUUGCUUCACACCGGCAUUAAUCUUAAGGAGAUGACUGUCUUUCCAUCAGCACAGAGUGAUGAUUGUGCAUCGUGGAGGGUUGGGAGGGUUCCUUGUAGCCACCUGAAGUACAUAAAAGUGAAGUAUGUGCUGAUUUCUUGCCCAGAAAUUGAUGCCUGUUUUGUGUUGACAGAGGCCAACAACUAUGGUUGAACUCAUACAAUUCAAGUAUUUGCAAGAAAUGCGGCGGCAGUUCGCACGAGAAAGAAAUGAAACUACUAUCAUUUUUCAUCUUUUACCGCAGAAUAGUGUUACAUUUCUUAUUUCACUUAAUAUAUACGUAGCGUGUUUUGAUAAA